UUUAAAGUCACUUGUUGAACUAAAGGUUGAGCUGAAAUAUUAACAAGUUAGUUCAGAAAAAGUUAGCAACAUGUUUUUGUGUGUUUGGAAAUUCCUUAGAAAAAACAAUUUGAAUUAAACCUAAGCGCUCUUCAAAGAUCUGGAAACUAAUCCACGUUUGAAAAUCUGCCUCUAAAUCUCGCUGGAUGGAAAUCCGCUUCGUUUCAAUUAAACCAAUUAGUGUGUUUUAAUCACAGUUGAAAACACGUCUAUUGGUUUGACUGUCGCAGCCAAGCAGGACAACGGACAUGACAUUUGACGGACCUAAUCCCAUCAGAGGCCUGAGUUGCACCAGUAUAUAAGAUAAAUUGAGCAGCGUUGCAGGAGUCACAGCGACAGCAAAGGCCUGAGAUCACCAUCAUGGCAGAAGAAUGGGGGAAACAGAUGUUUGCUGCCAGGCGUUACCACGACGACACAACAAGGGGAUCGGCCUUCGUUUACACAAACAGCAACCACACCAGAGAUCCAUUUGAGGGUCCCAACUACCACAUUGCUCCACGAUGGGUUUACAACGUUGCAACAUUGUGGAUGUUUUUUGUGGUUGUCGCUUCAGUCUUCACCAAUGGUCUCGUGUUGGUGGCAACAGCAAAGUUCAAGAAAUUGCGUCACCCACUGAACUGGAUCUUGGUCAAUCUGGCCAUUGCUGAUCUUGGAGAGACAGUAUUUGCCAGCACCAUCAGCGUAUGCAAUCAAUUUUUUGGUUACUUUAUUCUCGGACACCCAAUGUGCAUCUUCGAGGGCUAUGUUGUGUCAGUCUGUGGAAUUGCUGCUCUCUGGUCCCUAUCAAUCAUCUCCUGGGAGAGAUGGGUCGUUGUGUGCAAACCUUUUGGGAAUGUUAAGUUUGAUGCAAAGUGGGCCUUGGGGGGAAUUAUCUUUUCCUGGGUAUGGUCAGCGGUAUGGUGUGCACCACCAAUCUUUGGGUGGAGCAGGUACUGGCCACACGGACUGAAGACUUCCUGUGGACCUGAUGUGUUCAGUGGAAGUGAAGACCCUGGUGUCCAGUCCUACAUGGUGGUUCUCAUGGUUACAUGCUGUUUCCUGCCACUUUCAAUAAUCCUCCUGUGCUAUGCUGCUGUCUGGUGGGCAAUUCACUCUGUCGCUAUGCAGCAGAAGGAGUCUGAGUCGACCCAGAAAGCUGAGAAAGAGGUGUCCAGGAUGGUGGUGGUCAUGAUCUUCGCAUAUAUCUUCUGCUGGGGACCUUACACCUUCUUUGCCUGCUUUGCCGCAGCCAAUCCUGGAUAUGCUUUCCAUCCUCUGGCUGCUGCCAUGCCUGCAUACUUUGCCAAGAGCGCCACAAUUUACAACCCCAUCAUUUAUGUCUUCAUGAACCGACAGUUCCGCUCAUGUAUUAUGCAGCUUUUUGGAAAACAAGUGGAUGAUGGCUCUGAAGUUUCUACAUCCAAGACAGAAGUCUCCUCAGUGGCUCCUGCAUAAAUCUUUUGUUUUGGAAAACAGACUAUGUACGAUUAUGACAUGUACAGUAAAUAUGUAAUGUUUCUUUUUUUAGUUAGUAUAGCUUCCUGGCAAAAAAAAAAAAACCCAAAAAACAAAAACAAAACAAUGUUCAUAAAAAUGAAUUAUUGUAUGAAGGUUUCCUUUUUUCUGAUGAAUAUAAAAU